AUGGACGCCUACGUCCCGUACCAUCUCCUCUCCGAGGCUGACGCAAGCUUCGUGAAGGAGUAUCAACAAAGCCAGCGCCCACGCAUAGGCUACAUUGUCGUGGCGCUGCGCAAAGCACCCGACCAUCCAGUGGUCGUAAUGCCGGCAGAUGACCGGUGCGAGCUGUGCGCAAGUGAUCUCGACUUGCCGUGCGUUGUCGACCUGAGCGAUGUCCUGGAAACCGACAAGCCGACCAAGAGCGUGAAGUGCGCGGCGUGCUCCUCGAAUGCGGUGUCCAAGUGCCGCGUCGUGUCCCACAUGACGCGGGAGGAGCUGCUUGCCCUCGCCGCAGCGGAUAACAGUGCCGAUAUCGAGGCCGCUUGGGAGAAGAUGCGUGACGCCAAGACGAGGCUUGGGAUCGGGCAGUUCUACGAGUGGACCAGGGGCUUAAAGGGCAGAGCCGCGGCUGUCGGGGCAACGAGCAAGGGCAGCCCCGCUCCCCCUGUCCACUCUUCUGAUGCGAGCCCAGGCGGCGAGUUAGCGUAUCAGCCGGGAGGAAACGCGGCCAAGGGCUGGGCCACCAAGCCGCCGGAGUCGGGCCCCUCCAAUCAUGGGCGUUGUAACCCCUACGAUGGCUCCAACGACUAUGGCGAGCUUGACGACAAGGAAGACCCCGACCACGAAGACCGCAAGGUUCACUACGACGCGGACGACGAGGACGACUACAGCCCACCAACUGCCUUGGCGCAGGCCGACCACCAAGGCUUCUCUGGACCUGUGACCGAAGAGCGCGCCCAAAGCCAGAUCCUUCCCCUGACGCAGGUCGCCAUCCUCUCCCUCGGCGAAUCGUGCGACGACCCAUGGUACCUCGUCGAGACAGCCGCGUCCAUUGCACCAGGCUACCAGCUCUCCUUCGCACCGCACCGCGACGACCGUUUCCUACGCCCGCCGUACACGGUACCGAUGUUCGAGCGUUCGACCUUCAUCUCUGCCCAACUACUAGACCUGAUGGCCAGCGCCCAGCGCGUGCCGAGGGGAGGAAGGCUCACGCUCCCCCACUACCUGUACCGUGCGCGCCUGCCGUGCUCGCCUUGCCAUGCGCUCGACCCGGACACGGAGUGUUACAUCCACGAUCUGGUUAUGGACCCCGGUAAGGAAGGGGAGGAUAGACCCAGGUGUCUCCAGUGCAUUGCUGGCGGGAAGCAGUGCGGUUGGGACAGGGUGUGGUGCAACGAUGGGAAGAACGGCGCGGACACGCCGCCGCCUGAUCCCAUGGGCGUGGUGGUUGUGAUGCGCUGGGACGACCGGUCGAAUGUCGUGGACAAGAACGUUGGGAGGAGGAUUCUGUAG